AGCAUUUGUGUUACAUUUGCAACACCACCACCAUUCUCACACCCACACCCAGUUGAAACCGAUUCACAUAGCGAGCGUCUUCAAACUGCGAGAGUGAGUGAGGGAGGGAUCCAUCCCAAAACCUCAACCCUAAUUUCACCCACCCGCGACCACCAUGUCGUCGUCGCAAGAGAGCGCUUCUCGUUCAAGCUCCGCCGCGGCUGAUUCCUACAUUGGUUGCUUGAUCAGCUUGACCUCCAAGAGUGAGAUCAGAUACGAGGGGAUUCUCUACAACAUCAACACCGAUGAAUCCAGUAUUGGCCUCCGCAACGUGCGAUCUUUUGGAACAGAAGGAAGGAAAAUGGAUGGUCAACAAAUUCCCCCAAGCGACAAGGUUUAUGAGUAUAUACUUUUCCGUGGAUCUGACAUCAAGGAUUUACAGGUUAAAUCUUCUCCACCUGUCCAGCCUACUCCACAAGUCAAUAUUGACCCAGCUAUCAUUCAGUCUCACUAUCCUCGCCCAGCGACCACAUCUACAAGUUUGCCUUCUGCUGUAAGUGGGUCUUUGACUGAUCUCAGUUCCCAUCAUACUGCACAGCUUGGACUUCCUGGGUCAAAUUUUCAAGGACCCUUGCCUUUGUAUCAACCUGGAGGGAACAUAGGAUCAUGGGGAGCUUCUCCAGCUCCAAAUGCAAGUGGUGGUGGGCUUCCUAUGCCGGUGUAUUGGCAAGGAUAUUAUGGUGCCCCGGGUGGUCUUCCUCAUUUACACCAGCAACCUUUGCUUCGACCACCACCUGGUUUAGCAAUGCAUUCAUCUAUUCAGCAGCCUAUGCAGUACCCCAAUUUUAGUCUCUCUUCACCGGCUGUAUCUUCUAAUUUGCCGGAAUUGCCAUCUUCUUUGCUACCUGCGAGUACAAGCACAACCAGUGUAACAUCUGCUUCUUUACCUCUGUUAAAUUUUCCUCCUGCACCUUCUGCAUUGCCUCCUGCACCUGCGGCAUUGUCUCCUGCACCUUCUGCAUUGCCUCGCGCACCUUCUGCAUUGCCUCCUGCACCUUCUGCUACCCUAGCUUCAGAAAUUUUGCCAGUUGCAUUAGCCAACAAGGCAACAAAUGUUUCAACUUCAGCAGUUUCGCUAGCUUCUAACUUUCCAUCACUGACCCCAUUGACCAAUUCUGGUCCAGAUGUAAAUGCUAUAGUGCCACCGGUCUCCAGCAAACCUAAUGCAAUUUCAGGCUCAGGUUUGCUAUAUCAAACUGUAUCACAGUUCUCUCCUGCUUUAAUGCCCCCGGUCUCCAGCAAACCUAAUGUGAUUUCUGGUUCAAGCUUGCCAUACCAAACUGUAUCACAGUUCUCUUCUGCUUUAACACCACCAGUCUCCAGCAAACCUAAUGCAAUUUCAGGUUCAGGUUUGCCAAAUCAAACUGUGUCACAGUUCUCUCCUGCAGUUGUUGGAUCAUCUCAUUCUAUCCAUACAGACACACCAGCCCCUGCUCUGGUAACCCCAGGUCAAUUAUUGCAGCCUGGACCAACUAAAGUUUCGUAUGCUCAGCCUUCACAGGCACCUAAUAAGGAUGUUGAAGUGGUUCAAGUGUCUUCAACAUCAUCUGCUGAGCCAUCUCGGCCAGUUUCUGCUGAAACUCAGCCACCGAUACUGCCAUUGCCAGUAAAUUCAAGGCCCAAUUUCCGGGCUGGUGGAGCUCCAAUCCAAACUCAUUAUGGCGGCUACAACUAUAGAGGACGAGGAAGAGGAAGAGGAACUGCGGGCUUUCGUCCAGUCACAAAAUUCACUGAAGAUUUUGAUUUCACGGCAAUGAAUGAGAAAUUCAAAAAGGAUGAAGUAUGGGGCCAUCUUGGUAAAAGCAAUAAGUCUCAUUCAAAAGAUAAAGAUGGGGAAGAAAAUGCUUUUGAUGAAGAUUACAAUGAAGAAGAAGACAAUGAUGACUCAUCAAAUGCUGAGGUUAAGCCUGUUUAUAACAAGGAUGAUUUCUUUGAUUCGCUCUCGAGCAAUGUGAGUGAUAAUGCUUCACAGAACGGAAGGACUAGAUACUCUGAACAGAUUAAGAUUGAUACUGAGACAUUUGGUGAUUCUGCGAGGUACCGUGGUGGUGGUCGAGGGGGCCGUGGUGGGCCUUUCCGUGGUGGACGUACUCGAGGUGGUUUUUAUGGAAGAGGAGGAGGGUUUGGCUAUUAUGGAAGAGGAAGGGGCCGUGGGCCUUUCCGUGCUGGUUAGUUUUUGUUUAGUCAUGGUGGAGAAUAAGAGCCAAGGCAGAGUCCCAAUAAAGCUCAGUACUUAUGUUAUAGACCAUGUUUGGUUAUUGUGUUUUCCUUUAUGUUUGUUUCGCCGAGUAAGUCGGACAUCCUUUUCUUGUCAUGUUACCUGUUACCGCCUUGUGACUCCUCUACCCAGCCGCUUAGUUUGAUGGAAUGGUGAACUUAUACCAUUUGAUUUAGCUUAUAUCAACAGGGAAGUUUAGACUAAA